AUGCAUCCCUGCCUGCUCCUCGUCCUGGCCCUGCUGGGCACGGCCUCCGCCAGCCACCCCGCCCCUGCCAGCCCCGAGAAGGAGGCGACGCUGGAGGUGCCGGAGGAGGAUGAACGGUGCCCGCUGGAGAGCGAGACGCGGGCAGUCAGCAUCCCCGACCCGCUGGGUGCCACCACCUUCCGCUACGUCAUCGUCACCCGCUGCCGGACCUUCCGCAGUGCCCAGCGCGUCUGUAGACGGUGCUACCGCGGGCGCCUGGUCUCCAUCCACAGCUACCACACCAACGUCUCCCUGCAGCGCCUGGCGCGGCUCUGCACCAACCGCGGGCAGGUCUGGAUCGGGGCCGUCACCAGACCCCUGGGCAGGAUCGUGUACUGCCGGUGGGCAGACAGGAGCCGCUGGGACUACACGUACUGGCUGCCCGGCUACCCACUGCGCUCCCACCGCUACUGCACCUCCCUCUGCACCAACAACGGGCGCUGGAGGAGCCUGAAUUGCCGUGUGAGGCUGCCCUUUAUCUGCGAGUACUGAGGGGCUCAGCUCCCCCAACGUGCCCCCCGGCCCUGUGCCUCCCGCGGGCACCCCCCUGCUGCUGGCCCCCACUGCUGGCCCCACGGCAGGGGACUGCACCCCCACCCCAGGUCUCAAUAAAGUAUCCG